AUGGCGCCGAAGGAAAGUGAGGAUGUAGAUCUGCUGCAGAGCUUUCAGCGCCGCUUCCUGGCGGCGCGCGCGCUGCGCUCCUUCCCUUGGCAGAGCCUAGAAGAGAAGUUAAGGGACUCCUCAGAUUCACAGCUGCUACUGGAUAUUUUGCAGAAGACUGUGAAACAUCCCCUGUGUGUGAAGCAUCCCCCAUCGGUGAAAUUCCUGCAUGGCUUCCUCAUAAAGCUUAUCAAGAAGCACGAGGCUGUCCACACGGAGCCCUUGGAUGAGCUGUACCAGGCCUUGGCGGAGGUCCUGACCACAGAGGAGUCCCCCUGCUGCCACCGGAGCUAUUUGCUGCCUUUCGGAGACGCGGUCACCCUCUCAGAGAGCACGGCCAUCGUGUCCCAUGGCACCACAGGCCUGGUCACAUGGAACGCCGCCCUCUACCUGGCAGAGUGGGCCUUGGAGAACCCAGCAGCCUUUGCUGGCAGGAACAUCCUGGAGCUGGGCAGCGGAGCUGGCCUCACCGGCCUGGCCAUCUGCAGGGCGUGUCAUCCCAGAACCUACAUCUUCAGUGACUGCCACAGCCGGGUCCUCGAGCAGCUGCGAGGGAACAUCCUGCUGAACGGGCUGUCACUGCAGCCCGAUGUCCCGGCUCCUCAGCAGCCCCCCAAGAGUGAAGAUGCAGAAAAGCCAGCUGUGAAGGUGACCCACCUGGACUGGGACCUUGCGACGACCACUCAGCUCGCUGCCUUCCAGCCAGAUGUGGUCCUCGCAGCAGAUGUGCUGUACUGCCCGGAGACUGUCCACUCCCUGGUCGGGGUGCUGCAGAAGCUCUCGGAGUGCCGGAGCGGCCCUCGCGCCGUGCACGCCUACAUUGCCUUCACUGUCAGGAACCCAGAGACGUGCAAGCUGUUCACAGCACAGCUGGGCCAAGUUGGGAUGCCAUGGGAAGCGAUGCCUGGUCACGACCAGAAACUCUUUCCUUAUGACGAGCUCUGUGAGAUGGAGAUGCUGAGACUCACCCUGUAG